AGGGCAGCCUUGGGUAGUGUGUGUGUUGCCUUUGGUUGGGCUGUGUCCAGAGAAGCUGCCCUUGGCUGCUAGGAGCAUUGAGCCAGGCCUUCCCUCCCUGUCAUCUUCCAGGAGCAACUUGUGGUGGGGAAGGUGGAGGUAGCACCAGAGCUCACAGGGAUCCAGAGAUGCCCCACUCCAGCCUGCAUCCAUCCAUCCCACGGUCCAGGGGUCACAGGGCCCAGAAGGCAGCCUUGGUCCUGCUGUGUACCUGUCUGGUGGCCCUUUGGGGGCUGGGGGAGCCACCAGACCAUACUCUCCGGUGGCUGGUGCUCCACCUAGCCUCCCUGCAGCUGGGACUACUGUUAAAGGGGAUCUGCAGUCUGGCCGAGGAACUGUACCACAUCCACUCCAGGUACCAGGGCAGCUACUGGAGGGCUAUGCAGGCCUGCCUGGGAUGCCCCAUCCGCCGAGUGGCCCUGCUGCUGCUGUCAUGCUAUUUCUACUGCUCUCUCCCAAACUCGGCUGAUCUGCCCCUCGUUUGGACGCUUGCCCUCUUGGGCCUCUCGCAGGCACUGACCAUCAUCUUGGGCUUCCAGGCCCUGACCCCCGCUGAGGUCUCUGCUGUCUGUGAGAAAAGGAACUUCAAUGUGGCCCAUGGGCUGGCGUGGUCGUAUUACAUCGGGUACCUGCGGCUGAUCCUGCCAGGGCUCCAGGCAAGGAUCCAAACUUACAAUAAGCUCCACAACAACACACUGCAGGGUGCAGGGAGCCAGCGGCUGUACAUCCUCUUCCCGUUGGACUGUGGGGUGCCUGAUGACCUGAGUGUGGCCGACCCCAACAUUCACUUCCUGCAUGAGCUGCCCCAGCUGAGUGCAGAUCGUGCUGGUAUUAAGCGCCGGGUCUAUACCAACAGCGUCUAUGAGCUUCUGGAGCACGGGCAGCAGGCAGGCACCUGUGUCCUGGAAUAUGCCACCCCCUUGCAGACACUGUUUACCAUGUCACAGGAUGGCCGAGCUGGCUUCAGCCGGGAGGAUCGGCUUGAGCAGGCCAAACUCUUCUGCCGGACUCUUGAGGACAUCCUGGCGGAUACCCCCGAGUCUCAGAACUGCCGCCUCAUUGUCUACCAGGAGCCUGCAGAGGGAAGCAGCUUCUCUCUGUCUCAGGAGGUUCUCCGGCACCUGCGGCAGGAAGAUCGUGAGGAAGUUAUUAUGGACAGUAGGACCACUAUGGCGCCCAGUUCUUCUGUGCUGUCCCAAGAGCCUGAGCUCCUCAUCAGUAGCAUGGAACAGCCUCUCCCACUCCGCACAGAUAUCUUCUGAGGUUCAGGGUCACCUUGCCUGAACCCCCAGUGAUCCUCAAGUCUCUGGAUCAGGCACUGUCCUCAGCAGAGCUAUCUCCUCCCACUGUGAGUGUGUGGGUGAUAAGGUCCCUAGACUUGACAUCUAAAGAUGAGUCCUAUGACCUUAGGCAAGUCGGUUUACUUCUCUGAGCCUCAGUAUAGUCAUCCAUGAAAUGGGAUUUAAUCGUUGUCUGACCUACCUCACAGGGUUGUUGUGAGGGCUAUGAGUGUCUGGGAAUUUUUUAUAAAUCGUAAAUGCCAGGUAAACUUAA